GUAAACACUGGUCGUCCCUUCCGUUUAUUAUUACUUGAUGGUUGCUUAAAAUCUUUCUCUCCAUUUCAACUCUUUCGAACUCUUCAUUGUUAUUUAAUUCAAUCGGGCUGCCAAGUACUCCGAGUUCGGCGAAUUCUUCAAAGAUCCAACUGAUAUAUUCACGCACAUUCAGACGUAAUUAUAUUUAAAUUACCCCAGCAAAGUAUCAAUGGGUGAGACUGCCUGUAAUUGUUAAUUGUUCUAAUUAAUAAGCAGGUUAAAGUAGGAAACCUUUAUUCCAAUUUUUUCGACUUGCCGAUUAUUUAUUUUCGGAACUAUGAAGAAUAAAACUUUAAGAAAUCAUAAAGAGUCAUCACGGACACGAAGAAAACAGUUUUGUCAGUACAGUUCUUGAAAUCACAUUGAUUCAGUGAUUGUAUACAAAUAAGGAUUUCCCCACAAACAAUCACAUUUCGUUUUGUAAUAAUUACAAAUACAAGCUUUUUAUAACAUUUUACCAACUCACCCUCACCUCACAACCUCCCUAAACAUUCACACACACCCAAACAUUCAUAUAUAUAUAUAUAUAUAUAUAUAUAUGUAUGUAUAUGUAUGUGUGAAUGAGGUGUCUACUUGAUAUAUAAUUCUUCCUACCCCACAAAAGAAAGGGAUUAAGAAUUCAAAAUGGAUCUAAUAUGUUGUGAAACUGAUACACUAAGAAGAGCUUAUGAGGAUCCAAACCUAAUUGAUGAUGACCGUGUUCUACAGAAUCUCCUCAGUACCGAAGAAAGAUAUCAGCCAUCAGCAAACUACUUUACAUGUGUUCAGGACGACUUAAAGCCACACAUGAGAGUUAUGGUAGCCCAAUGGAUGUUAGAGGUUUGUGGUGAAUUGAGUUGUGAAGAAGAAGUAUUUCCUCUCUCUAUGAAUUAUCUGGACCGAUUUCUUUGUGUUCACCCAAUUAAGCGAAACCAGUUACAGCUUCUAGGUUCAGCUUGUAUGUUCCUCUCAUCCAAGAUGAUGCAGACAAUUCCUUUAGCUGCAGAGAAACUAGUGAUGUAUACAGAUCACUCUAUUACCUUGGAGAGCCUUCUGGCUAUGGAGCUUCAUUUACUGUGUGUUUUGAAGUGGGACUUGAUGGCUAUUACACCAAAUGAUUUUAUUGAACUUAUUUUAAGACGUCUUCCAAUAGAUUCAUUGAGAAUAAAUAUCAUUAAAAAACAUGCACACACAUUUAUAGCAAUGUGUUAUACAGAUUGCAAAUUCAUGACGUACACCCCAUCAACUAUUGCUGUUGGAUGUAUUGGUGCAGCUAUGCAAGGUCUCACUAAUACACCAAUGGUGAAUUUUAAUUUACUUCAGAAGCUACAUGAAAUCACACAUAUUGAAUUAGACUAUUUGCGAGCUUGUCAAGAUCAGAUUGAACAAAAGGUUGCAUAUAAUUUGUCGAAUUUGAAUAUUCAAGAAGUUGAUAUUGCAUCUAAAAAUCAUACUGUUAAAGAACACCCCACAACUCCAACAGGUGUAAAUGACAUAAAUUUCUGAAGAAUUUUUUUAAGGCAAUACCUUGGUGAUUUUGUUUUAUUUUCAUCUCUAAAAUUAAAAAUUAAAACUGUGUUUUUGUCCAAGAGAAAUUUCUUGACAUUGGAUAGAUUUCUCCUGAAAUUCAUCUGAUAUAAACCUACUGGCUGUGAAAACUUUCAUCUUGUAGUUACCUAUAAAGCAAUUCUUUAUAAGGAUUUCCAAACUAUCCUAAAGAAUUGUUAUUAAAAUAUCUAUAUUUUUCAUCAUAUUGAUGAGCAUCACUUCAAGAAAUCUUACAAAAAUGAUGCCUUUUUGUUGUUUGUAAAUUGCCUAUUACAAAACUGAUUGCUUUUAAAUCAAAUAUUGCUAUUUCGUAUGGUUUCUUUGUUAAUUUCUGCCUAGAACAUUAUUUAUAAUAGAAUUAAGUUUAUAUUAAAAUACUCUAGCAAUUGUUGUUCCUAAUUUUUUAACUUGAUGAAUUUUAUGUUUAAUCUGAUUCUAAUCUGCACUUUCUAAUAAAGAUUUUUCUCCCAGGUAGUGUUGUUGCUGAAAAUAUGGAGAUUAAUUUUGGCUUAAUAUUCUAAAAUAGAAAUUGCUUUAGGACCAGAAAUUAGAAACAUAUUACACAUGGCAGAGAGUUGACUGGGGUGUUAGCACUUGAGACAAAAUGUUUUGCAGUAUUUUUUGUUCUGACUUUCAGUUCAAGUCCCACCAUGGUUGAUUUUGCUUUUUAUUCUUUUAUAGUCAAUAAAACCAGUUGACCUGUCCAGGCAGUGAAUUGAUUGAAUUGUUAGAACAAGCGACAAAAUGCUUUGCUACAUAUGUUUCAAUUCUUUGCAGAGUUUUGGGAGAUAAUUUGUUGGUUGGUUUAGCAGGAUUCACUCUGUUGCUGGUAUUCGAGUCAGUUCUCUGAUUCGGAAAUGAUUUACUUCCACCUGUCUUGUAGACUCUGGAAAAAUAAAGGGUUAUGGAUUUUGCCUUUCCCUCCCCAAGCAGUAAAAAAAAAAGCAAUGUAUUAUAUAUAAAUUAUCCUGCAAAAAGCAGUGAAAAUAUUGCACAUGUUUUACUACAAAAUAAGUAAUAUAGACUUUUGUACAUAGUAUGGACAUACUUGCUAAUUUUUUUGAAGCUCAUUUUUCUAGUUGAGUGAAAAGUGUUAAUUUAUGCAAUGAGAUAUUAAUGAUGGGACAGCAGCAAAAAAAUUUAAGUGUUAAUCUAUGUAUAUCAUCAUCAUCAUCAUCAUCGUUUAACGUCCGCUUUCCAUGCUAGCAUGGGUUGGACGAUUUGACUGAGGACUGGUGAAACCGGAUGGCAACACCAGGCUCCAAUCUAAUUUGGCAGAGUUUCUACAGCUGGAUGCCCUUCCUAACGCCAACCACUCAGAUAGAAUUAUUUUGGGACUUAACUUUUAAUAAUAUUUAUUAUCAUUGACUUAUUUAUUGUUUUAAUACUUCAGACAGUUGUAAACUUUACAGAUUUUUGCACUGUCAUUGUUUGAAACACUCAAGUCACUAGAUGUUACACGUUUUAUUUAAUCUUUAAUCCUCAAAAUAACUUGAAAUUGUUUAAAUGGUUGAUCAUUUUGUGCAGCUGUAUGUCUUCAGAAUUCAGUGUGGAAUCAUUGUUACUAAACAACGAGUCUAAAUUGUACAGAUAACCUGUAUAAUUUUAUUUUGUCAUAAAUUUUGGAUUUGGGAUGAGAGGCACUUAAUGAAACAGUAAUUACUCUCAUUAUGUUGGUCCUGCAAUUGUUUUUAUGAUAGUGCUGAUAUUUUCAUAUGCUUUGUUACUUGAUGAAAUUAUAAUUUCAAAUUUAUUGAAAUUUUCCAUCAUUAUCCUUGUCUUUGUAAUGUCAACGGUACCUCUAGCAUUUGUAAGUUCCAAAGAGGCAAGCAAGUGUUGUUUGUGGACCAAUGUCUGUAAAUACAUCACAAUCACCACCUUCAACAUACAAAUCAAAACCUGUCACUGUAACAGUCGACAAGUUUUGAUUUUUACUAUAUAAGCAGUUGAAUUCUUGGUCCAGCCAUUUGUAUAAGGGAGAAAAGCAUAUUAAAAAUUAAUUUGCUUCUUAUUUUCCUUUCUCUCAAAAGUAUUAUAAGUAUGAAACUCAAUAUGUUAUAUUGUUUAUACAUUUAAUAUUUCAUACUUCCCAAUAGCUCCAUAUCCAUAGAUAUAGUCCUGUUUCUGCAUGUUGUGUGGAACAGUACAUAGUCAAGUAUUCUUAAACUCAAGCUUAUUGCUCUCAAAAAACAAAAGAAAAAAAAAAUCCCAACUUUUAAAAUUUACAUUUUAUAUUUUGCCUUAAAUCUACCUCUUGUUUGGAGGCUCCGAAAUACUGUAGUUGGACAUGAUGGCAGGGUCAAAUAAUUAUGCUGAUGAAAUCAGAAUAUCCAACAAUACACAACAUCAUUUAUGAGCAGCGUAAUUUUUUCCUUAGUGAUUUUUACAGUAUUUUCUUCUAAAUUCUUUCUAUACAAUAUCCAUUAUGAUUUAAAAUUUAAUAGGAGAAUAUAUUUUUGUUGACUUUUAAAUAUUAUAGAAAGUUUUUUUUUUUGCAAAGCUAAAAAUUGAUAUCUUAGUAUGACAUGUAUUCAAUUUUCUGCAACAUUAUUAAAUAUGCAAAUUAUAGAAUAUUUUUUUUUUAACUUUGCAGACAUAUGUCUAGAUUUUCAAGUACUAAUAUUCUCAUUUACAAUAUUAAUUACUUUAUGACUUGUUUAAUUUAAGUCCUUUAAAGAAAACUUUGUAAAAUAACAAAAAUAGCUAGUUAUUCAUUUUAACAAUGAGUUGAAUAUAUAUAUCAGUAUAUUAUUUGAUAUAUUAUUAGGUUUACAGUGUAAUUAGAAUUAUUCUAAGAUAAUUUUUAUUUGUUUAAAGACUAGAGAACUUAAUAGUGUUAAAUCCAUGGUUGUAUCUCACUAAGCUGCAAACGCUUUUUCUAUUUCCAUUUAAAACGAAAGGUGUAUAAAGUUUAAAAAUAGUAACACUACAAUGAAAAAAGAUCAGUGUUAAUAUAUCCCUCUUCUAAUUUUUACAUAGUAUAAUAGUUUACAAAAAUAAUUGUCUAGAAGACACAUCAACGAAUGAAAAUAGUUUGUGACAAAUAUUUUGGGUUUUAAAUCUUGUCUCAAACAUUUGGUUGCUCAGUGAAAGGUUUUGAAAAUUUUAGAUGUUGUACUUUAUUUUAUGAAGUUGAUUAUAAUAUUUCUUAUUCCAUCAUUUAUAUAUAUAUAUAAAUCUUAAAACUGUGGUACUGCUGCUCAACAUGUCAGUAGGCAAAAAGAUAUUAAAUCAAUAAAUGAUGACUGUGAUUAUAAAAGUUUGAUGUCAUUUUUCAAGGCUUAUUUAUUAAUUCAAAUUGCCUACAUUUAUCUUUUUCAACUAAUUCAUAAGCUACAUUAAUAUUUGACUACCGUGUCACAGCUCUGAAGACUUCAUUUUUCUAAUCACUCGUGCUAUAUUUUUGACAAUAUUACCUGUUAAUUCCCCUCCAGGUCCAUUUUAACCCUUUCAUUACCAACCUGCCCGUCAUCAUAGAACACCAGAGCACAUCUGUAUUUGCCUAUUUAUAUAUAAAUAUCAUUACUACAUUAAUAAUAACAUGAUUUUACUACAUAAACACUUGUAUACUCAGAAUUUUGUCUUUUCCAAAUGUUUUUUAAAAAAAUUUCUAUAAGCAUUGUCCUUUCUUUAAAGUAAGUAAAUUUAUUUAAGCGUCAAAUUUAUUAGUUGUUCUGAAUUAGAAUGAUGGUGGUUUCAGUUUUCAAAUGUGUCAUGUUGGAUAGAAGUAUUUAAAGUAAUGGAUGAAACAAAAACUUUUCAAAUAUUUCUAUUCGAAAAUUUCAGAAGAAACUAUACCCAAUCACUCAUUAACUCUAAUUUAACCCUUAUACAAAGAAAAAGGAGAGCAAACUAAAGAAAAUUAAGGCACUUUUGCCACGAAUAUAGUAAUAAACAUUUUUAGUAAGCUAUCUUGGUUAAAACGUCAGAUUUUUACCUGUAAUUGGAGUAGUUUUGAAACAAAUUCCAUAACAGAUUUAAGAAAGUAUCUUUCUCUGUCCAAAAUACCACUUAAAAUUUAAAAAAAUGUUAUUUUAUGGAAUGAUUAUUUUAGAAUUCUGUUGAACUCUUGUAGUGUAUUUUUAGUUAGAAAUAUAAUCAUAAAAAUGUCAAGUAUACAUUCAUGUUCAGGGCGAAAACAAGUCUAGAUUAUGAAGAUGUUGCAUAUGGGAAUUGUCAAGCAAUGAGAACUCUAAGCUUGAAAUAGCAACCAGGUCUUUAAAUCAUACCCUUCCAUUUUAUAUAAAUACAUGAUACAUCAAGUACCUGACAAUUUUAAGAAAAGCUUCUUUCAUGCCAGUGGAAUCAGUGCUAUUGUUAUAGGAUUUCUGCAACUGGGCUUGAUGGAACUUAUACUACUGGCACUUUUGAAUAUUGGUGGAAAAGCAUCCAAUCAAAGAUCAGGAGUCUUUUCUCAAUUACUGAUGAACAUAUUAAAUAAUGCCUUUCAUCAGGAUUGAUCUGUAACUGAGCAUUAUGUCCUACGUAAGUUAGAUAUUUAUUUAUUCUUGCAGUGUUAGAUCAGUAUUAUGCAUCAAUGGGCUUACGAGUUGUAAUUUAAAGGUGAAAAAAUCAUCAGAAAAGUAAAACAAUGUCCAGGAAUGAAAUGUGUUGCACACUAUUAUUUCUUCUUACGUCUGUAUAUGCUCAACUUUGUAAUCAUGAAUUUAUCUGUAUUUCUCAGUUUUCUGGUUUAUAAAGACCAUUUUGAAUGAUAGGGGAGAUUUGUAUAAUAGGAACAUUUGGGGCAGCUAAAGAAAUGACAAAUUAGGAUACUUUCAAUAUAGAGCAAAUAUAUACAUUGGGGUUAAAUAUUCCAUAUUAUGUCUAAAAUCGAGUUUUUUUUUUUUUUAUACAAGAAUUUGUCAUUGUGACAUUGACUGGGGAAAACAUGCAGCCAUAUAUACUUUUUGGCUCUGAUUUGGUGCUUGUUCACCAGAAUUUCAGGAUAAUUUUUCUAAUUCUAUUUUUAAAGUCAUCUUUGUAUGUUGUUUUUAUUAUUAUUAUGAUUGUUAUUAACACUGUCACAUGCUAAUCUUGUAUGUAUUGUUUAAAAUACCCCUAAAAUUAAUUUGUUACAUUUAAAAAUUUCCCAUUAGGAAGAAAAUACUCUGGGAGCAGAUUACUGCCUAAAAUAAUCCUUAGAAAGUUCAUGUUAGCCUUUUCAAUCUAUAGGUCCUUGUUAGCUCUUUAAAAUAAUUCCUUCUUUUCAGAACAAAUAUAUGCAAAGAGGAAUAAAAACAGUUCCUGGACUGACUUGCCAGAUUCCUUGAAAAUGUCUUUCAGCAGAGCUGUGAUAUACCCCUUGCUGGCAGGGUUACCAAGGAUAAAUCAAGUUUCUGGUUAAUUUUAUUUUCAAAAUUGCUAUUAUCAUUUUGUCCCUCCUUCUGCUACUUGUACUUAUUAAAAAAAGUGUGCAAGAAAGAAAGCUUAUAACUGUAUUUGUAACUGCAAACAGGAACAACGAGUCUCUUGAAAUAUCUUCAGAACUUUUUAUUUAUUUUGUUUUUCAAGAGUAUCACCUUUCUUGAGUUGUAUUAGGGAGUAAGUUCUGAAAUUUUUUCUAUAAACAAAAUUUGCUUUUUUUUUGAUUCAGCUUGUCUUUUUCUAAACACUUUUCCAUUCCAAUUUUAUCCAAAGCAGAGUGUUCAACAAUACUGUCCCAAUAUUUGAAUUUGAUAAGUAAAAAUGCUAUGCCAUAUUGGCUAGAGACUUAUUUUCAAGUUCACUGUGCUAACUGAACCAACUAUGUGAGAAAUGGUUAGAUCUUAACAUGCAUACUUCUCAAAAAUAAGGCCAUAUCAAAUCACAGAUGUCUUGCAGACCAAAUGUAUUCUGGUGUACGGGUUUCCCUAUGUGAUAAAAUGAAUGUUUCAAGCAAGAAGUGUAAGUUAAUUUACUUGAAAGCACCAAAAAAUUUUAAUUACUGAUAUUUUCUACAACAAUGUAAUUUGUUUUCUUUAAUUUAUUGGAUACUUUAAAAUGUGUUGUUGUUGUUUUGAAGAAUGCAUUUUUCAAGAUGGUAACUAUGAACAUUUUCAUGAAUUUAUUUUUAAUUCUUUUAAAAAUCUAAUAAAGGCUUACUUCUUA